ACACAGUCCGCUUCUCAGACUUGACACAUUGAAAGGGAAGAAGAGACGCACAGGCUGUCGGCAGGAUAUUGCUCUUUGUGACCACGACAUACCAGUCGCUGUUUUAUAGACAGAGUUACAACUUCACAGAAGGCGGUACAUUCACAAACUGACAGAACUGACACAAAAUGACGCUUGAGCCGUUGCGGUCGGCCAUGACCAUUGAGAACGUGGAAGACACUUCGCUCGCUCUUCCGUCCGAUAACAAACUGCGGACCGGACAGCAGCGUGUCAUAGACCAAGUUCACACCAUUAAAAGAAGCAAGUCAAAACACAGCAAAAGUGGAACACCGUCUCCCAUAGGUCCUCUGAGCGACUCUGUAUCCACUGAGGUUCGGAAAUUCCAGUUCUCUCCAACCAAACUCAAUGGAACAGUCUUCUCCAGGAGCAAUUCAGUUGCAGUUGCUGGCUUCACAAAAAUGGUGGGCCAACAGCAGAGCCGCACCCUCUCCACAAAGAGCCUGGGCCGGAGGCACAUGAGUAGCUCCAGCCAGUGGGAGCAGCGCUACGGUCCCCUCAGCCCCACCAACGGCUUCCCACCGCCCCAGCCCGGCGGGCUCAAGCCCAGCCGCAGUGACCCAUCGCUGGCCCCCGCCCAGCUGGUGCAGCGGGCCAAGAGCCGGAGCACCACCCUGCAGACCAGGUCCAACCGGGCCAGCCUUUACACUGUCAACUCGGGGCAGUACGUCGUCAACGGCUCCGCCAGCUUCGCCAGCAGCCAGAACCGCGUCCUCAGGCCACCCUCCAAUAUCUCCAACGGGGAGACCAAGGUGUCGGCCACCAAGAGCAGGAGCGAGUUUGUGGGGACAAACGGGGCAGGGAGCAUCCCAGACAUCACAAUGAAGGAGGCCGUGGAGUUCCUCUCCAGCCAGCAGGAGAGCUACCAGCUCAAAGGAGCCUCCUUCAUCCAGCACAGCACUUUCAAUGAGGAAAAGGCUAAGCAGGAGGUCCUCCAGCUGGGUGGGAUCCCUCCCCUGGUCGCCCUCCUGAGCAACCCCAACACCCAGAUCCAGCAGACUGCAGCCGCCGCCCUGCGCAACCUGGUCUUCAAGGCCCCCGCCAACAAGCAGGAGGUGCAGCAGUGCGGGGGCAUCGCUGAGGCGCUGGCACUGCUCCGGGAGACGGGCUCAUCCGAGACACAGAAGCAGCUCACAGGGCUGCUGUGGAACCUGUCCUCUGCAGAUUCACUGAAGUCGGACCUGAUUGACAGCGCCCUGCCUGUCCUCACCGAAAGCAUUGUGAUACCCUUCACCUGCUGGUCCGACCAGAGCAUCAGUAACAAUGUAGACCCUGAGGUUUUCUACAAUGCCACUGGCUGUCUGAGAAACCUAAGCUCUUCCAAGGAGCCCCAGCGACAGUCCAUGCGGAACUGUCGCGGCCUGAUCGACUCUCUGAUCAGCUACAUCCAGUCAUGUGUGGCUGCAGAUAGGCCAGAUGACAAGUCAGUGGAGAACUGCAUGUGCAUCCUACACAACCUGACGUACCAAGUGGAGUUUGAGGCCCCUGACCACUUUGCUCAGAUCAAUGCCCUGGCAGAGACACCCACCAGGAGCUCAGCCAGCAAGAAAUCGCCCCCAGUGGGCUGCUUCAGCCCCAAGAGUUCAAAGAUACAACAGGAGAACGUCUUUAAUUUCCCCUUGAUAGAGGACAGCAAUCCCAAAGGCCUGAGCUGGCUCUUCCACUCCAAGACCAUACAGAUCUACCUAUCCCUGCUGGGCAGCAGCCUGAAGGACUCAACACUGGAGGCGUGUGCCGGGGCACUUCAGAACCUCACUGCCAACAAGGGAGUGGUGUCCAGCGUGAUGAGCCAGACCAUUGUGCAGAAGCUGAACGGCCUGCCGGAAAUCGUGCCACUGCUGCAGUCCUCCAGCCCCGGCGUGCAGAAGGCUGCUGUCUCUGUGGUGGGGAACCUUGCCAGGACCCCAAACCUGCAGAGCACCAUGGCCCGACAGGUUCUCCCUCAUCUUACCAGCCUCCUAAGCUCUGGAGCUAAGAACAUGGAUGAUUAUGAUGAUACCAUGGCGACGGCGUGCAACACAGUGCACAGCCUGUUGAAGGCGGACCCCGAGAUGGGCAGGAAAGUGCUGAACAACAGCCUGGUCACCAUGCUCAGCGACCUCAGCAAUAAUGGGUACGGCAAGUAUCCCAAAGCCAGCAGAGCUGCUUCCCUCCUGCUUUAUGGUUUGUGGGCAGAAAAGGAUAUGCAGGGUUUCCUAAAAAAGCAAGGGAUGAACAAGAGUGUCUUCGUGAAUGACUUCACUACGUCUGCCUACAAGGCUGCUCGGUUUAUUGAGUGAAGGGAAUGCUGGGAUGCCACUGGGUAAAUAAAGAUGCAAGCCUGAAUGCAGAGACAGUGACCAGAACACAACAGGAACAGGAAGCAUAUUCCUAAAUCCAAAC